AUGCGCCUCGCCGUCCUCGCCCUCUUGUGCGGCGCGCUCGUCCAGCACACGUCCGCCCUCUACUUCUACUUGCCCGCCGGCGCCAACAAGUGCUUCAUCGAGGAGCUCCCUCGAGACACCAUCUGCACUGGUCACUACAAGGCCGAGGAGUGGCAGGAGUCGAGCAAGAGCUGGAUCCUCAACGACCAGCUGGGCGUCCAGAUCGUCGUUGCCGAGGUCGAGAGCGGCGAGAAGGUGGUCAACACGCGCGGCCUGCCCGAGGGCAAGUUCACGUUCACGUCGCACGAGCCGGGCGACCACACGAUCUGCCUCCAGUCCAACUACACGGGCGGGUGGUUCUCGACCCCGCAAGUGCGCAUGCACCUCGACAUUGCCGUCGGCGAGGCCAAGGUGGACGAGGAGGGCGAGCGCGAGCACGUCAAGGACCUCGCGGCCAAAGUGCACGACCUCAACGCGCGCCUGGCCGACAUCCGCCGCGAGCAGCAGUUCCAGCGCGAGCGCGAGGCCGAGUUCCGCGUCCUGAGCGAGCGCACAAACUCACGCGCCGUGUGGUGGAGCGUGUUCCAGCUCGUCGUCCUCGCCGCGACGUGCUACUGGCAGUUGCGGUACCUGCGCAAGUUCUUCGAGAGCAAGAAGCUGUGCGUCCCUCUCUCUCUCUCUCUUCCUGUCGUGCACGAGCGCCUACUGACCCUCGCUCGUACCGUGUGCAGACGGUGA